AUUUCAAUAUUUUUAUACUCAGCAGUGCAGCUGCGCGUCCCAGCAAUACUGUGUCGGUUUCAAGUGGACCACCAGGUACUGCAAUAAGCACACCAUUUUCUGGUCUUGUGCCAUCGACACCCUACAGUACCGUAUCUGUUUCAUCAACUACGUUAGCAGCGACCGCGUUACCAACUUCACAUUCAGCACUUCCUAUUGCGGGUCAUACCAUAUCCACAUAUACCACAAAGACAGGGCUCUGGCUAAGCCAAUCAGCUAUGCAGCCAACCGCAAUGACUUGUACACCAUCCAUUCCAACUGUUACUAGUGGCAAUAUUCGACCACUUUCGUCUCCUUUAAACUCAGGUGUCAUAGGAGCACUAGGUCGAGUUGCUGGAAAUCCUACUUCACCUCAUGCGGUUCAUUCAACUGUUGGCGGUGCACAUGUUCCAAUAGCAAACUUUCAGGCCACAUUUUUUGCUACCCCCCAUGCACCAUUAAAUUCAUCUUCUCCUGCGAACACUUCAGUUGCAAGUAGCAUCAACAGCACUGUUUCUCAUUUACCUUUGGUGUCUUAUACAACAGCCGUUAUUGCGGCAAUGGCUACGGUAACAACCACGACAUCGUCUAUCAGCACAUUGGGUAAUACAGAACCAACUGUAGCAACAGUCUCCGCUGUUGUGCCUACACCACAUCCAUUUUCAGCAGAAUCUCUCUUUCAACCAAGUAAAAACGAUCAGGCAGAUUUAUUGCGCCGUGAGCUUGACAGUCGAUUUUUAGACCGUUCUGGCUUAACCCAGCCAUCUCCAUCGUCGUCUUCAACGUAUAUGCGCCAAGAUUUACAUCAUCAGCAUACGCACAUGCAUCAACAUCCACAACUUUUAUCUACAGCUCCAAUGUCCGCCUCUUCCACUGUAUUGCCGGCUACGCCACCGAAUCCAGCACAAAUUUUUCCUCCACCGUUAUUUAAAGAUAUACCUAAAAUUGCUGCAGUCGACCAACAGUUCUAUCGUGCAAGCAUUGGAAUUCCCCCUGGUUAUACGGGAUAUAAUCCAACAGGGCUUUUGCACAAUGGCUUGGGUGGCCCAACGCCAUUUGUGCCACCUAAUCAUUUACCUUCAUUUGCACCAAAGGUAAGCACAAACAAGCUAAAGAUAUUUAAAUAA